CUGACGGCUCGUUAGCCAGCACGUACAUGCUCUCCGUGAAUUUAUCAGUCACUGGAGAGUACAAACAAGUACAGACACAUGCAGAGAAUACACCACCCGUGUUAGAAAAUCAUUAAAAAGGGCGAAAGGACAACACCCAGCAGCUCUGGAUCUGGACAAGUAGAGAUGUAAACACUGGCUGUGUUAGCAUUAGCUUAGCUUAGCGGCUAACAGCUAACUAGCUCAUCGCAGCGUUUCGUAGAUAACAAUGAGUGAUCAUGGAGGCCAGAGGUGAUGAAGAGGCUGCAGAUGGACAACAUAAUCGGUCAUCUAACGCUGAUGUUUGUCCUUCCGAGUCCAGAGAUGAGAGAUCCAAUGUGUCUCCAGAAAACAUGGAUGUGGAUGAAGAGGGUUUGUUCAUACACCCCACCACUCUGACCAACAAGCAGCGUGGGAAUGAGAUUACACUACGUCCAGCAACAUUAGACUCUCUGUCCAUACACCAGUUGGCAGCUCAAGGCGAGGUUUCACAAGUGGCUGCACACCUGAGUAAAGACAGCUCACUGCUGAGCAAACAGGAUGAACGGGGCUUUACGCCUCUCAUGUGGGCAGCAGCGUUUGGAGAGAAAGCAGUGGUGGAUUUUCUCUUGGAAAAGGGCGCAGACCCCAAAACGAUUGCGAGGGAGCGGGAGAGUGCCCUGACGCUAGCCAGCUCUGGAGGUUAUGUGGACAUUGUUGAGUCUCUUCUCAGACAUGGUGUAGACAUCGACACUUAUGACUGGAAUGGUGGAACUCCUCUUCUUUAUGCUGUACGAGGGAACCACAUCAAAUGUGUAGAGGCUCUCUUAGCCAAAGGGGCAGACAUGACCAUUGAAUCCGACUCUGGGUACAGUCCAAUGGCCUUGGCUGUUGCCCUUGGACACAAAAAGAUUCAGAAAGUGCUGGAGGACCAUAUCCUGAAGCUCUACAAGCCAACAACAUGACAGUAGUUCAAAUAAAUAGCUGGAAAGGACAGUCUGUUGAUCUGAGAUCUACAAGCAGCUAUGAUCGGUGGUGAAAUGACACAAUAACAAGUCAUUGUAAUAGAUGGGUGCAUAUGCAGAGACAUUUACACUGGGUAAACUACAUUUUUUUAUUUUAUAAAUGGUUUAUUCCAUUUGUGUGCAUUACAGUGUACAACAACUUUGUACAAACAAGGACUAAAAUAUGUUGAUGUGCAGCAGAAUUAUUUUUGUUUGGC